AUGCUUGUCUCGAGCGCUCUGAGCACUUUCCGUCGUCUCACUCCCGCCCGCCCUCUCGCCCUCGUCCGCUACGCCUCUUCGUCUCUCCCCAUGCCCAUCCUCCCCACCGAAAUCGACCACGUACAGGCGACGGGGCGCCGCAGCUGCAUCAUUGAGAGCAAGAAGCUCGAGGUGCUCCCGUCGUCGGCACUGGAGGAGCUGCUUGACCAGGCGAAGCGGAACGGCGAGGCGAUAGAGGGGCUCAAGCAGGAGAACAGCAUGCUGAGGGCAGGCCAGGAACGCAUGGAGAGGGAGCAUAAGCUGGCAGAGAGACGAAUGGAGACGGCUCAUAUGGUGACGCAGGAACGGCUGGAUGCGCUGGAAGAGACGCUCUAUGCCUCACAACAUCUGCUCGGACGCUGGUAG